UUAGGGCGUAGGUUAGAUUAAAAUUAUUUGACGUUAUUAAAUGCAGUUUACGACAUUCGAUAUUCAUUGAUUGUAUUUGUGUUAUUAUAAAAUUCAUGAUGGUUUCCAAGUCAAAAACUGGCUUGUUUGCGCUAGGUUUUUACGCUUUAGCGUCCUUCUUUAUUAUAUUGGCCUUUGUAAGUCCAUACUGGUUGGUCACUGACGGCAAACUUAAAAACCCAAAGUUUAUUCAAAUUGGUUUAUGGUUAGUAUGCUUCAAUGGGUUUGAAGAGCCGCACCACUGGUAUGACACAGUGUUCACUGGCUGCUGGUGGGUGUUUGAAGAAGAGUACUAUAUCAUCCAUGACAUACUUCUCCCAGGAUUCUUCAUCGCUACUCAGUUCUUCUUCACUGUGUCACUGUGCACUGUGCUCGUGUCUCUGUUCCUGGCAUAUCUCUAUUUGCAAAAAGACAAUGAUGAUGAAAACUAUUUGACUCUUUUGGUGACACUGGGAACAAUACUUGUUAUUGGGGGAUUUUCUGGUAUUAUAUCCGUGGUGACAUUUGGAGCGAGGGGUGAUGGCCGUGACUGGAUGCCGAACUGGGAACACAAUGAUCUCGGCUGGGCGUAUGCCAUGGGCGUUAUUGGAGUUGUGAUGCUGUUUCCAGCAGGCAUUCUGUUCUUGGUUGAAGCCAGGGUGCACAAGUAUAAGAAACUACAUGAAAUGCAAAGCCGUGAGCCAUCCUCAUACACAAUGCAUGAGAGGAAGUUUGCUUAUGCUGGAGGACACACAGAUAUUUAAUUGGCUGUAAGAAUUUUUUAUUAUAGGCAUAUGAAUUUCAUUUAGAUAGUAGAUUACUCAUUAUACGUG